AUGAGGAAGCCUGAAGCCAUUUCGAAGCGAGCUUCAUAUCUCAAUUCCCAAUACUUUUCUGGCCUCCCUUCUUUCAAUCUAUUAAUCUAUAUAUCUCCAUCUGUUCAAAUCUAUCUAUCUAUCUAUCUAUCUAUCUAUCUAUCUAUCUAUCUAUCUAAGUCUGUUCAGAACUAUCGAUCUAUCUAUCGAUCGCAGUUUGUUCAGAUCUAUUUAUCUAUCUAUAUAUCUAUAUGUCUCCAUCUGUUCAAAUCUAUCUAUCUAUCUAUCUAUCUAUCUAUCUAUCUAUCUAUCUAUACUAAUCCUACCUCCUCCUCAGAUUUUUCCAACCCUCGCGUAUUUAAACGCCAUAACAUUUCCAUCGUCAACACCCUGCUUAUUCUAACAGCAACAUUUUAUUCGAUAUCCGAAACUUUUGUUUUUUCUCGCUAUGGAGGUUACGAUGAUCUUCCUUUUGGGCUCGGCACAGAUGAACGUCGGGUAUAUGAUAUCAUUUUGGCCCCUGCUUCGCCAUAUCUAUAA